AUGCGCUUCUUCACCACCAUUUUCCUCCUACUCGUCAGCCUCGCCGCUCUCGCAAGCGCGGGCGGCGAUAAGAAAGACAGCACGAGGAACUUCAGGGAUGUCGUCAAAGACUGCGUUGUCGCGUGCCACUACGGUCCUCACUGCGCGCACUAUUGCGAGUGCAAGGUGUACAAGCUUAUAGACAACAAGACUAUCAAGUGUAACAAUGAUCACUCGUGCAAGACUGCUCCUGCGGGCUGUGAGAAGUACGAGCUCAGUGGCAAGGUUCGUCGAGAUGAAGACACUUCUGCGGCCGUUGAACAAGCUUCGUCCGCGACUGUUGAGGAGGCUUCGUCGGAGACUGCUGCUCAGGUCGAUCCUGGAACCAUCAAUUACAACCAAGACGCUCCCGAGGACUUUGUGCAGACUGCUGAUGUCAACGGCGACGACAACACCUGCGCAACACAGGGCUGCUCCGAGGCUUUGCCAUAUUGCCUCAAGGCGUGCGGCUUUGGCUGCGUCGAGGCUCCUCAAGACUGCGAUCAAUGGGAGCUCACCGACCACGACAUUGCUCUUGCUGGCCCUGAGACUGCCGACUAUGAGCAAGUCGCUGCCGCUGCCAACGCUCGCGAGGGAAGCGACGACGACGAUGUCAACAGCGAGCACUGCAAAGCUUGCCGCGAUGCUGGGUACGAAUGUAGCAAGAAGUGCGGCGCUGACGAUAUGAUCUGCAAGGCUCUGUGUCUGUGCGCGAGCACUGCUGAAGAUAACUGCGGCAAGUGCAAGUCCGUCGACUGUCCACGCACUUAA